ACGUCACAUCGCUGUCGCAUACAUCGUUUCAAAAUAUCCUGACAGUCCUCAUAGCACACAUCGGAUGAUACAACAUGGUAGAUGCCAGUUCUAACCUUCCCGUGACCUAUGUGGACGGUUUCCAUGAUAAAGAUGCUGUCCUGAAGAUGACGUACAACCCAUUGGGUAACACUGGAAUGAAGCCUUCCGUCAUCAGUUUUGGUGCUUCAGCUCUCGGCAGUGUCUUUCGUCAGACGGAUAAUUCCGAAUCGUACCAGGUCGUCAAAUACGUGAUAAAAAAUGGCAUCAAUUAUAUAGACGUAGCUCCUUGGUAUGGCCAUGGUAAAGCAGAGACAGUGCUUGGUCAGGGCCUACAAGGUGUUCCAAGAGAUGCGUAUUACAUCACGACAAAAGUUGGAAGGUACUUACCAGAAGCGGAGAAGAUGUUUGACUUCCGGGCGGAGAGGACCAUACAAAGUGUAGACGAAAGCUUACAGCGGCUGGGUUUGGAUUACGUGGAUGUUAUUCAGGUUCACGACAUGGAGUUUGCCCCUAACCUAGAUAUUAUCGUCAACGAGACAUUACCCGCCUUACAGAAAGUCAAAGAAAGUGGUAAAGCUAAAUUCAUUGGAAUCACAGGAUAUCCCAUGGACAACUUCCGAACGGUGCUGGAACGAAGUAGGGUAAAGAUCGACACCAUACUUACCUACUGUCACGCGUGUAUGAAUGACAACUCUCUGGCCGAUUAUCUUCCCUAUUUCAAGGAAAAGGGAGUGGGUGUGGUGAACGCCUCCCCAAUCGGUAUGGGACUGUUGACUGACCGCGGACCCGCCUCCUGGCAUCCUGCCCAACCUGACAUUAAGGACACGUGUGCAAAAGCUGCCGCCUAUUGUCGGGACAAAGGUGUCGACAUUUCUCGCCUGGCAUUGGCCUUCACCUUCCAGCAGCCCAUACCUACCACACUAUUUAGUACAGCCAGCCUUGUGAAUGCUAAGAAGAACUUUGAUUGUGUGUAUACACCACUCACUGCCUUGGAGGAGCAGACAAGCCAAGAGGUCAUGGAGAGAUACAUGAAACCAUUAAACAACAAGAACUGGGAAGGUGUGGAGGUCAAAGGUUACUGGGACGCUCUUAGAGGUCAAUCCGAUAGCUUCAAGACUUCCAAGGUUGACUAAUUGAACGAUGACAUUGAUGCCAACUGUACAUAACUCUUGUCCUGUUGGGUCGAGAAGGGAACGAAAUGUUUCCUUUUUCUAUACCCGAUACUGAACUUUUUGAACGCUAAAGUAUUUUUAUAACAUUACUUUAACAAAGUAUGUGACCGAAUGGCACUAUUACCUUUGUCUCGGCCUUGUGUGUGUAUGAAAACGGUUGAAAUACAUACAUUUGUAAAUAUUAGAUUAGUUUAAAGAAUUACAGUAUAAUAAAUUAUGAUAUAUAGUGAUGUUAAUGCAUCUUUUAAAUUGUUUUAUUUCGAAUCUUUUAUAUGCGUGACAAUUUAUUUUGUUAUAUACAUAUCAAACAAUUAUAAUGUUGACAUUCAGGGUAAAUGAAAUGUUUUUGACAUGCAGGAGUUUUCUCGCAUUGUUCCCAGAUUUCAAUGAAAAAGAUGUCAAUUUUUUAUCAUGUGUAAUCAGAUUUAUAAUAUUGUUUAUCAUUUUAUGUCGUAAGAUGAU